AUGGAACGCCCAGCGCUGCUUUUUCUCGUGCUUCUGGUGGCGCCGUGCUUCACGGCGCGGGUCGAGGCGUCGUCGUGCAUCACGGCGUGCACGGUGCCGGGGACGGAAUACGCCAACGCCAAAUGCGUCAAGCACUGUACGGCAUGCGUGGCCGACACACCCCCAUCUUGCAACGCGUAUUUCAGACCAGCCUGGAGCCCUUCGUACCGUUACAUCAGGUACGAGUGCGCGACGAGCUGUCCGCCCACUCUCGCCUGGUCGCAGUACCUGCUGGUUACCAUCGCAAUUGUCUUCGUUUCUGUCGCCGUCGGCGUCACUUUCUACGCGUGCAUAACAAUGAGGGUUCGCUGA